GCCGCCACUCCCGGCAGCUGCAUCCGCGUCCAUACAGGCUUCUUGCUGGGCACCAACAGCUCCACCAUGGGGCUGGCCUGGGGACUCAGUGUCCUACUCCUGCUGCAAGUGUGUGGCACCAACCGCAUUCCAGAGUCUGGGGGAGACAACAGCGUGUUUGACAUCUUUGAACUCACUGGAGCUGCCCGCAAGGGCUCUGGGCGCCGGCUGGUCAAGGGCCCUGACCCCUCCAGCCCAGCUUUCCGCAUUGAGGAUGCCAACCUGAUCCCCCCUGUCCCUGAUGAUAAGUUCCAAGACCUAGUGGAUGCUGUGCGGGCAGAGAAAGGGUUCCUUCUCCUGGCCUCCUUGAGACAGAUGAAGAAGACCCGAGGCACCCUACUGGCCCUGGAGCAGAAAGACCACUCUGGCCAGAUCUUCAGCGUGGUCUCCAAUGGCAAGGCGGGCACCCUGGACCUGAGCCUAACUGUGCAGGGGAAGCAGCAUGUGGUGUCAGUGGAAGAAGCACUCUUAGCGACGGGCCAGUGGAAGAGUAUCACCCUGUUCGUGCAGGAGGACAGGGCCCAGUUGUACAUAGACUGUGAGAAGAUGGAAAAUGCUGAGCUAGAGGUCCCCAUCCAAAGCAUCUUCACUAGGGACCUGGCCAGCAUUGCCAGACUCCGCAUUGCAAAAGGAGGCGUCAAUGACAAUUUCCAGGGGGUGCUGCAGAAUGUGAGGUUUGUCUUCGGAACCACACCAGAAGACAUCCUCAGAAACAAAGGCUGCUCCAGCUCUUCCAGUGUCCUCCUCACUCUAGACAACAACGUGGUAAAUGGCUCCAGCCCUGCCAUCCGUACCAACUACAUUGGCCACAAAACAAAAGAUCUGCAGGCCAUCUGCGGCAUCUCCUGUGAUGAGCUGUCCAGCAUGGUCCUGGAACUCAAGGGCCUGCGCACCAUUGUGACCACACUUCAGGACAGCAUCCGCAAAGUGACUGAAGAGAACAAGGAAUUGGCCAAUGAGUUGAGGCGGUCUCCCCUCUGUUAUCACAAUGGAGUUCAGUACAGGAAUAACGAUGAAUGGACUGUGGACAGCUGCACCGAGUGUCGCUGUCAGAACUCAGUUACCAUCUGCAAAAAAGUGUCUUGCCCCAUUAUGCCCUGCUCUAACGCGACAGUUCCUGAUGGAGAAUGCUGCCCACGGUGUUGGCCCAGCGACUCUGCUGAUGAUGGCUGGUCUCCUUGGUCUGAGUGGACCUCCUGCUCUGUGACAUGUGGAAAUGGAAUUCAGCAGCGUGGCCGCUCCUGUGAUAGCCUCAACAACCGAUGUGAGGGCUCCUCAGUCCAGACGCGGACCUGCCACAUUCAGGAGUGUGAUAAGAGAUUUAAACAGGAUGGUGGCUGGAGCCACUGGUCCCCAUGGUCGUCUUGCUCUGUGACAUGUGGUGAUGGUGUGAUCACAAGAAUCCGGCUCUGCAACUCUCCCAGCCCCCAGAUGAAUGGGAGGCCAUGUGAAGGUGAAGCUCGAGAGACCAAAGCCUGCAAGAAGGACGCCUGCCCAAUCAAUGGAGGCUGGGGUCCAUGGUCACCAUGGGACAUCUGCUCUGUCACCUGUGGAGGAGGACUGCAGAAACGUAGCCGGCUCUGCAACAACCCCCCACCCCAGUUUGGAGGCAAGGACUGCAUUGGUGAUGUGACGGAAAACCAGAUCUGCAACAAACAGGAUUGUCCAAUUGAUGGAUGUCUGUCCAACCCUUGCUUCGCUGGAGCCAAGUGCACUAGCUACCCCGACGGCAGCUGGAAAUGUGGUGCUUGCCCAGCAGGUUACAGUGGAAAUGGCAUCCAGUGCACAGAUGUCGAUGAGUGCAAAGAAGUGCCUGAUGCCUGCUUCAACCACAAUGGAGAGCACAGGUGUAAGAACACAGAUCCUGGCUACAACUGCCUGCCCUGCCCACCUCGCUUCACGGGCCCACAGCCCUUUGGCCGGGGCGUUGAACAUGCCACUGCCAACAAACAGGUGUGCAAGCCCCGCAACCCCUGUACGGAUGGGACACAUGACUGCAACAAGAAUGCCAAGUGCAACUACCUUGGCCAUUAUAGUGACCCCAUGUACCGGUGUGAGUGCAAGCCCGGCUAUGCAGGCAAUGGCAUCAUCUGUGGGGAGGACACAGACCUCGACGGCUGGCCCAAUGAGGACCUGGUCUGUGUGGCCAAUGCAACGUACCACUGCAAGAAGGAUAACUGCCCUAACCUUCCCAACUCAGGGCAAGAAGAUUAUGACAAGGAUGGAAUUGGUGACGCCUGCGAUAAUGAUGAUGACAAUGAUAAGAUUCCAGAUGAUCGGGACAACUGUCCAUUCCAUUACAACCCAGCCCAGUAUGACUAUGACAGAGAUGACGUGGGAGACCGCUGUGACAACUGCCCCUACAACCACAACCCAGAUCAGGCUGACACAGACAACAAUGGGGAAGGAGAUGCCUGUGCAGCAGACAUUGACGGCGAUGGUAUCCUCAAUGAAAGAGACAACUGCCAGUAUGUCUACAAUGUUGACCAGCGGGAUACUGAUAUGGAUGGGGUUGGAGAUCAGUGUGAUAACUGCCCCCUGGAACACAAUCCAGAUCAGCUGGACUCUGACUCGGAUCGCAUUGGAGAUACCUGUGACAACAACCAGGAUAUUGAUGAAGACGGCCACCAGAACAACCUAGACAACUGCCCCUACGUGCCCAAUGCCAACCAGGCCGACCAUGACAAAGAUGGCAAGGGAGAUGCCUGUGACCAUGAUGAUGACAAUGAUGGCAUUCCUGAUGACAGGGACAACUGCAGACUUGUGCCCAAUCCUGACCAGAAGGACUCUGAUGGUGAUGGUCGAGGUGAUGCUUGCAAAGAUGAUUUUGACCAUGACAGUGUGCCAGACAUCGAUGACAUCUGUCCUGAGAAUGUUGAUAUCAGUGAGACUGAUUUCCGCCGAUUCCAGAUGAUUCCUCUAGAUCCCAAAGGAACAUCCCAAAAUGAUCCUAACUGGGUUGUACGCCAUCAGGGUAAAGAACUUGUCCAGACUGUCAACUGUGAUCCUGGGCUUGCUGUAGGUUAUGAUGAGUUUAAUGCUGUGGACUUCAGUGGCACAUUCUUCAUCAACACUGAGAGGGAUGACGACUAUGCAGGAUUUGUGUUUGGCUACCAGUCCAGCAGCCGCUUCUAUGUUGUGAUGUGGAAGCAGGUCACUCAGUCCUACUGGGACACCAACCCCACAAGAGCUCAGGGAUACUCGGGCCUUUCUGUGAAAGUUGUAAACUCCACCACGGGGCCUGGCGAGCAUCUGCGGAACGCUCUCUGGCACACAGGAAACACCCCUGGCCAGGUGCGAACCCUGUGGCAUGACCCUCGUCACAUAGGCUGGAAAGAUUUCACUGCCUACAGAUGGCGUCUCAGCCACAGGCCAAAGACAGGCUUCAUUAGAGUGGUGAUGUACGAAGGAAAGAAAAUCAUGGCUGACUCAGGACCCAUCUAUGACAAAACCUAUGCCGGUGGGAGGCUAGGGUUGUUUGUCUUCUCUCAAGAAAUGGUGUUCUUCUCCGACCUGAAAUAUGAAUGUAGAGAUUCCUAAUCAUCAAACUGUUGGUCAAAGACUGAUCACAGCCAAUGCUGGUAUUGCACCUUCUGGAACCAUGGGCUCAAGAAAACCCAGGAUCUCUCCUCCCUUCUUCCUUUUUUCUCUGCUUGCAUCAGUAUGGACUCCUAGGACAUAUGACCUGCCUCAAGAAAAUGCGAUGCAACAUUCAUCCUCCAACAAAUAAGACAUCUUUCGAGAUCAUAAACAAUUACUUUUGGCUUGCUUUUGAAAAACCACAAGCAUCUCCUUGCUUCAGUUGGAAAGAUGCCUGCUCCACUCUGCUUUUGUCAAAGAGCAGGGCACCAUGGCGAGGCCAACUCUGAGCAGUCGACUCAGCAGCAUUUUCAGGCCUGUGAGAGAAGGGAGGACUCAUUAGAAUUCACAAACUCAACCACCCCUGACAUACUCCCUCAGGAAUAGGGCAAGCAGGGGCCAAAGCACUAAGGGGAAGGUGUAUACCCAAGAGACAAUUGUAUGAAGAAAAUAUGGAGGAACUGUUACAUGUUUGGUACUAAUCAUUUUCAGGGGAUUGAAAAACUGUUGUUGGAUUUCAUGAUGCUGACUGGUGUUAGCUGAUUAACCCACAUUAAGAGGCACUUACAUAGAUGCAGGGAAGGGAGGCAAAGCCUGGCUUCUGGACUUCCUCCCUGGCCCCUACUCCUUACAUAUCACCGGUAGUGGCCAGAACAGGGAGUCAGAAUGAAACCAGUAUAAGGCAGUGCUGGCUGCUAUUGCCUGAUUACAUUGAAAUUGUUGACUUUAUUCCAGAUGUAGCUUGUACAGAUGUAGCAGGAAAAUGGGAAACCUACCAUCUCAGUGAGCACAAGGCUACAUCCCAAAGGGAUAGGCAGCCGUGCUUAUCUUUUUAUGGUUAGAAAGGCACAAAAUUAUUAUCAACUUAACUAAAACAUUCCUUUUUUUUUUUUCCUGAAUAUAAUGGAGUUUUCCAAUUCUCUUUUGAACUGUAGAUUUUUUUUAAAGACAUUUUACAAUGUAAAAUAUUUAUUUUGUACCUAUUCUGGAAGAUCUGACUGAAGGACUAUUCAUGGAACAGGAAGAAGCGUAAGGACUAUCCAUAUCAUCUUUGUUAUGAGUCUUCAUGACUGUAAGAUUGUAAAUACAGAUUAUUUAUUAACUCUGUUCUACCUGGAAUUUAGAUUUUGUAUGGAAAGUGUUUGAGGUCAGGUGGUGGAGAUGUAUCAGCAAAUCCUAAGUAUGGCACAGGGAGAAGCAGCACCAGGGCUGUCUUCCACUUUGUGCUCGGAGUGAAUGAUUUGGGAUUCUUUUUGUCUGUCUAUCUGUUUUGUCUUUUCAAGUGGACUUAGUUGGUUAUACAUUUGCAAGUAUUUUUAGGUUACGAAGAAAACCAUGAGGUCUUUACAUGCGGUUUUAUCCCCAUCCUAUGUGCCUAUUUCCAGGGAGAAGAAAAGCAUACACUUUUUUGUUUUCUUUUUCAUUUUUCCAAGAGAGAAAAAAAAAAAAAUGACAAAGGUGAAACUUACAUACAAAUAUUACCUCAUUUGUUGUGUGACUGAGAAAAGAAUUUUGGGAUCAAGCAGAAAGAGUUUAAGUAUCUAGCAAACUUAAAGCUACUGUAGUACCUAAAAAAAGUCAAUGUUGUAUAUAGUAUAAAAAUUCUUUGCAGAAAAGUAUUCCCAAUAAGGAAAUAGCAUUGAAAUGUUAAAUACAAUUUCUGAAAGUUACGUUGUUUUUCCUGUCAUCUUGUAUACCAUUGCUUUAUUUUUAUAAAUUAUUUUCUCAUUGCCUUUGGAAUAGAUAUCUCAGAUUGUGUAGAUAUGCUAUUUAAAUAAUUUAUCAGGAAAUACUGCCUAUAGAGUUAGUAUUUCUAUUUUUAUAAAAUGUUUGCACACUGAAUUGUUGGUUUUUCUCCUUUUUUUGUUUUGUUUUCAUUUGUUUUUUGCUUUUGACCCCCGUUUUUACUAUUUGCCAAUACCUUUUUCUAGGAAUGUGCUUUUUUGUACACAUUUUUAUCCAUUUUACAUUCUAAAGCAGUGUAAGUUGUAUAUUACCGUUUCUUACGUACAAGGAACAACAAUAAACCAUAUGGAAAUUUAUAUUUAUA